AUGGGACGGCGAGGAGGACAGACUGCCCCUUUUCUGUUUGCUUGCCCGAGGCUCUCGAUCCCAGUGGCUUUGCCUGGACGAGCAUCUGCUGGCUGGGGCAGCUCGUCAGCCGAGCUACUUGGCCUCCGAAGACUACGACGCAGACGUACCAACUUCGCCGAUGCUGAGCGCCGCAGGACGAGCUCGUCAGGAGGUCGCCAGAAGCCUUUUGAGGCCUCCAGAAGCAAAAUAACGCGGAGAGCCAAGUGGCGGAGGAGCGAGGAGGAGGAGGCGAAGGAGGAGGAGGAGAGGAGCGAGAAGAGAGUUGGCGUAUCAACUCGCGCAACCGGUUUUUCCAGCGCCGGAGGCAUCGAGGAAAGCGCCUGGCGGUGGAACCGAAAACAGCUGCACGCAACACAUUUCACAUCCACCCCCGAUCUUUCCGCACCCGCUUCGAUUGUACCGAUGGACCCUCCCGCCCGACCCAACCUGGCCGAGGCGGGCCCCCGCUGCGCACGGGCCCCAGGCGCGCGCGCGCGGCCGGCUCGUCCCGUGCGGGGCGCCCGCGCAGGGGGGGGUGGCUACUCGGGGAUCGUCCCCGCGCACUGCCCCGCCUUGUGCUCCACGCGGCAGCAAUAG